GUUGCUGACGAGACGCUGAUAUGCCACACACCCACUGACUGAGGGCGGCAUAGAUGGAAUGCUUUCACCUCCCUCCUUUGAGCUGUCAGUUGACAGCGCAACACCGAGCCGGAAGCAUCGUAGGAAAUAACACAGAUUUGAUAAACCGUAGAUUUUAGAUUUCUCCUCUUUGGCACUGGAAUAACGAUUGGGACACUACCAUAUUUUGGGGCUGACUAACGAACGCGUAAGAGGGAGGAAAUCUAAAAGGACUGACUAGCUUUCUAGUUUAGCAAGCUAUCGUUAGCUUUGGCCAGUGCAGCCGCAGCUCUGCAAAAGCUAGCUAAGGUCGGAGUGUGUAGUAGGCAGGCGAGCUCUGUUGGAAUCUAAACCUAAGGCAAAUUGGAGUAUCUAGCUAAUACAGAAAAGACUACAGUUGUUUUUGAUUGAUCGCUAGCUAAAUGCAGAGUGUAGGUGAUCAUUGAGAGGCUACUCUCCCAGCUCCAUAACGAACUGUCACUGACUGAGUGAUAUCCAGCCAAUUGCCACUAAAGAUGGCUAUGGCGAGCAGCAUUGCCGCAUCUAUUGCGAGCAAGACGAAGACGAAGAAGAAACACUUCGUAGCUCAAAAAGUGAAGCUUUUCCGAGCCAGCGACCCUCUGCUCAGCGUCCUCAUGUGGGGAGUCAACCAUUCGAUCAAUGAGUUGAGCCAUGUUCAGAUCCCUAUCAUGUUGAUGCCUGAUGACUUCAAGGCCUACUCCAAGAUUAAGGUGGACAAUCACCUCUUCAACAAGGAGAACAUGCCGAGCCAUUUCAAGUUUAAGGAGUACUGUCCUCUGGUGUUCCGGAACCUCAGAGAGAGGUUUGUCAUCGAUGACCAAGAUUUCCAGAACUCCCUGACCCGUGCGGCUCCGUUGAACAGUGAUGCUCAGGGUCGGACUGGCGCUCGCUUUCACACCACCUACGACAAACACUACGUCAUCAAAACCAUCACCAGCGAGGAUGUGGCUGAGAUGCACAACAUCCUCAAGAAGUACCACCAGUUCAUAGUGGAGUGUCAUGGCAACACGCUGCUGCCUCAGUUCCUGGGGAUGUAUCGCCUCACGGUGGACGGAGACGAGACCUACAUGAUCGUCACCAGGAACAUCUUCUCCCACCGCCUCCCCGUCUACAAAAAAUAUGAUCUGAAGGGCUCCACUGUGGCCAGGGAGGCCAGCGACAAGGAGAAGCAGCCACGCCCUCCUGAGGAUGCGCCUCCGCGGCCCAAAUCUAACGUUCAGCAAAGGCUGCAAACGCUGCGGAUCGCCACGCGCUUUUACUGCGCCAUGAAACACGUAAGAGACGCCAAGGAGCUGCCCACCUACAAGGACAACGACUUCGUCAAUGAUGGACAGAAGAUCUGCAUCGACGACGACAACAAGAAGAUGUUCCUGGAGAAGCUACGUAAAGACGUGGAGUUCCUGGCCCAGUUGAAGCUGAUGGACUACAGUCUGCUGGUGGGGAUCCAUGACGUGGAGCGGGCUGAGCAGGAGGAGGUGGAGAGUGAGGACAACGAGGGGGAUGAUGAGGGGGAGAGUGACGGAGGGAUUGGCACUCCCCCUGACUCCCCCAGUAACACCCUGGACAGCACCAAGCCCCUGUCCCCGGGGGAGUUUGACCCCACCAUAGACGUCUAUGCCAUCAAGAGCAACAACGGUGCUCCUAGGAAGGAGGUGUACUUCAUGGCGGUCAUUGAUAUUCUGCAGCAUUACGAUGCCAAGAAGAAGGCCGCUCACGCUGCCAAGACCGUCAAACACGGAGCGGGAGCGGAGAUCUCCACGGUGAAUCCAGAGCAGUACUCCAAGAGGUUCUACGACUUCAUCACCACUAUUCUCUCAUAGCCCCCGGGAGUUGGGGGGGGGGGGGUUUAUCUCUCUCUCCUUUAGCAGGGUGUCCCUCUGCAGCUAAAACCAUCAUUUGUUUACAUUCAUCUUCUUUGUUGACUUGAUCUCUGUUACGCGGGACCAUAAGGUGUGAUAGGAGAAUAAGUGUAUCUUCUCUGUUGACUUGAUCUCUGUUACGCGGGACCAUAAGGUGUGAUAGGAGAAUAAGUGUAUCUUCUCUGUUGACUUGAUCUCUGUUACAGGGUGUUCUAGUCAGUACUUUUCUAUUUGUUUGUUUUGUGUACUUUGGGAAUCUAGUUUUUUUUACACCACGUACUCACCCUGAAUUGUUUGUUUUUCUGUAUUCCCCUUUGGGAGGGGGUGGGGUUAGAAUGAGGAAAAACAAGGCUCAGUGAUUGGAUAGCAAUAGUGAGGUCACUCUCUGAGUAAAUAGUACAGGUAGAAGUAAACAGGAAGUGCACCUUGAGGCUAGUCCAAACCAUUCACUCGUCUUCAGGAAGUAGGAAGUAUUAUUUCAAUAGGCCAGACCAUCCAAUUGCCAUUUAGCCCUGCCCAAGCCACCUUCCUAUCUGUCCCUUCAUCCAUCACU